CACUCGGUCCUUGGGGCUCUCUGGACGCGAGAGGCGGACUCGGCUUCCUCGCUGCUGGUCGGGAAGCUCUCUGAAAAUUACCCCCAUCGGCGCGCGAGGAUAAAUAUGCGCGGCUUGUGAUUCCGUGCAGCUCUCUCGCUCCCAGCUGAUAGGGUGACGUUGGGUUUGGAGGCUUGGAGAUUGGCUUUUUGAUUUGGCUUCUUCCCGCAGCUUAAUGGGCAAAGCUCUCGGCUCGCCCAGAAACCAGACCCUCCGCGCGUCCCCUCCGCGCGACGAGGCCGAGACGAGUCCCGCGGUGACGGCGUGCAAGGCGGUGAGCCAGCGCGCUCCCAGCCCCGGGAAAGCCCCGGCGACGCGACUGCAAGCCCUGGGCCCUCGGAGCCGCCAGGGCGCGCCGGGCCGCUCGCCUUCUUGCCCCUCCCGGCAGGGAUCCCCUCGCUGCCUGCGGCCGGGACUCCGAGCCUCUUCGGGGCUUAGUCCCGAGUCCGCCCCCGAGUCGGGGUUUUCCGGAGGGGUCUUCGGAGCGGUUCUCCCUGCUCCUUAAAACAGCGCCGAGGGACCUCUCCCCAGGCCCCCUGCUCUGGCCCCAGCCCUCGCACUCCGGAUGCGCUGCCCCGCAGCUCCCUGAAAGCCGCUAGCCCACCGGUGGGCGGCGGCGGCAGACUGACAUGCCCCGGACGCGGCUGCGGCCGGCGGGCAGCCCGCGGGGGCGAUGAGCCGCUGCGGCCGGUGAGGAGCCUGGCGGCGGGGGCCUCGCGCACCUUCCUCAACCCCCUCACUUGCCCACCCCGCCCGGGAGAUCGAGAGGAAACGGUCUCUGGACUGUCAGGUGGACCAUUGGUGCUGCAGUGGAAGCCAGCAGCUAAGUCUUGUGUAUGGCGUGGUUAAGGUUGCAGCCUCUUACCUCUGCCUUCCUCCAUUUUGGGCUGAUUACCUUUGUGCUCUUCCUGAAUGGUCUUCGGGCAGAGGCUGGCGGCUCAGGGGAUGUGCCCAGCACAGGGCAGAACAAUGAGUCCUGUACAGGGUCAUCGGACUGCAAGGAGGGUGUCAUCCUGCCAAUCUGGUACCCGGAGAACCCUUCCCUUGGAGACAAGAUUGCCAGGGUCAUUGUCUAUUUUGUGGCCCUGAUAUACAUGUUUCUCGGGGUGUCCAUCAUUGCUGAUCGCUUCAUGGCAUCUAUUGAAGUCAUCACUUCUCAAGAGAGAGAGGUGACUAUCAAAAAGCCCAAUGGAGAGACCAGCACAACCACGAUUAGGGUCUGGAACGAAACUGUCUCCAAUCUGACCCUUAUGGCCCUGGGUUCCUCUGCUCCUGAGAUCCUCCUCUCUUUAAUUGAGGUGUGUGGUCAUGGGUUCAUUGCUGGUGAUCUGGGACCUUCUACCAUUGUAGGCAGCGCAGCCUUCAACAUGUUCAUUAUCAUUGGUAUCUGCGUCUACGUGAUCCCCGAUGGAGAGACUCGCAAGAUAAAGCACCUCCGAGUCUUUUUUGUCACUGCUGCUUGGAGCAUCUUUGCCUACAUCUGGCUCUAUAUGAUCCUGGCCGUCUUCUCUCCUGGUGUGGUCCAGGUUUGGGAAGGCCUCCUCACUCUCUUCUUCUUUCCAGUGUGUGUGCUUCUGGCCUGGGUGGCAGAUAGGCGACUGCUCUUCUACAAAUACAUGCACAAAAAGUACCGCACAGAUAAACACCGAGGAAUCAUCAUAGAGACAGAGGGUGGCCACCCCAAGGGCAUCGAGAUGGAUGGGAAAAUGAUGAAUUCCCACUUCCUAGAUGGGCAUCUGGUGCCCCUGGAAGGGAAGGAAGUGGAUGAGUCCCGCAGGGAGAUGAUCCGGAUUCUCAAGGAUCUGAAGCAAAAACACCCGGAGAAGGACUUAGAUCAGCUAGUAGAGAUGGCCAAUUACUAUGCUCUCUCCCAUCAACAGAAGAGCCGCGCCUUCUACCGGAUCCAGGCCACCCGUAUGAUGACUGGCGCAGGCAAUAUCCUGAAGAAGCACGCAGCAGAACAAGCCAAAAAGACCUCUAGCAUGAGCGAGGUGCACACUGAUGAGCCGGAGGACUUUGUCUCCAAGGUCUUCUUUGACCCGUGCUCUUACCAGUGCCUGGAGAACUGUGGGGCUGUGCUCCUGACAGUGGUGAGGAAAGGGGGGGACAUGUCCAAGACCCUGUAUGUGGACUACAAAACAGAGGAUGGUUCUGCCAAUGCGGGGGCUGACUAUGAGUUCACAGAGGGCACUGUGGUUCUGAAACCAGGAGAGACCCAGAAGGAAUUCUCUGUGGGCAUCAUCGAUGAUGACAUUUUUGAGGAGGAUGAACACUUCUUUGUGAGGUUGAGCAACGUUCGCAUAGAGGAGGAGCAGCCAGGGGAGGGGAUGCCUCCCAGAGUACUCAAUAGUCUUCCCUUGCCUCGGGCUGUCCUGGUGUCCCCUUGUGUGGCCACAGUCACCAUCUUGGAUGAUGAUCAUGCGGGUAUCUUCACUUUUGAAUGUGACACUGUUCAUGUCAGUGAAAGUAUUGGUAUCAUGGAGGUCAAGGUUCUGCGGACAUCAGGUGCCCGGGGCACAGUCAUCGUACCCUUUAGGACAGUAGAAGGGGCCGCCAAGGGUGGUGGUGAGGAUUUUGAAGACACAUAUGGGGAGAUGGAGUUCAAGAAUGAUGAAACUGUCAAAAUAAUUCACAUCAAGGUAAUUGAUCAUGAGGCGCAUGAGAAAAACAAGAAUUACUUCAUUGAGAUGAUGGGCCCCCCCGUGGUGGAUAUGAGUUUUCAGAAAGCGCUCCUGUUGUCUCCAGAGGUGACAGACAGGAAGCUGACUGUGGAGGAAGAGGAAGCCAAGAGGAUAGCAGAAAUGGGAAAGCCAAUAUUGGGUGAACACCCCAAACUAGAGGUCAUCAUUGAAGAGUCCUAUGAAUUCAAGACUACCGUGGACAAGCUGAUCAGGAAGACAAACCUGGCCUUGGUUGUGGGGACCCAUUCCUGGAGGGACCAGUUCAUGGAGGCCAUCACUGUCAGUGCAGCAGGGGACGAAGAUGAGGAUGAGUCAGGUGAGGAGAGGCUGCCCUCCUGCUUUGACUACGUCAUGCACUUCCUGACGGUCUUCUGGAAGGUGCUUUUUGCCUGCGUGCCCCCCACAGAGUACUGCCACGGCUGGGCCUGCUUUGUCGUCUCCAUUCUCAUCAUUGGCAUGCUCACAGCCAUCAUCGGGGACCUGGCCUCCCACUUCGGCUGCACCAUUGGCCUCAAGGACUCGGUCACGGCUGUUGUCUUUGUGGCGUUCGGCACCUCUGUGCCAGAUACGUUUGCCAGCAAAGCAGCCGCUGUCCAGGACGUGUACGCAGAUGCCUCCAUUGGCAAUGUCACGGGCAGCAACGCCGUCAACGUCUUCCUGGGCAUCGGCCUGGCCUGGUCCGUGGCCGCCAUCUACUGGGCCCUGCAGGGACAGGAGUUCCACGUGUCCGCGGGCACGCUGGCCUUCUCUGUCACCCUCUUCACCAUCUUCGCCUUUGUGUGCGUCAGCGUGCUCCUGUACCGCCGGCGGCCCCACCUGGGCGGGGAGCUGGGCGGCCCUCGUGGCUGCAAGCUGGCCACGACUUCGCUGUUUGUGAGCCUGUGGCUUCUCUACAUACUCUUCGCCACGCUGGAGGCCUACUGCUACAUCAAGGGGUUCUGAGCCGCAGCAGCCCUGGAGAGGCCGCGUCAGGACCCGAGCCCCAGGAACUUCCCCCGCCUAGGCCCUGGCAGUGAACUGAAAGGGCAGAGUCUUAAGCAAUCCAACAGAACGGAGGAGAUACCCAUUUCACAAAGUAUUUAAUUCAAUACAAACCAACAAUGGUGACAAAUCCAACUCCAGCCCAUCUUCCCACGAUGUCCCUGACCCAUCACAUAGUCAGACCCUUUCGCCACCUUCCAUACCACCUUCUUCUGAUUGUUCCUUUGCUUCUGCUUUCCUCGGGGGCAGGGCUUCUCCUGUCUGUCCAAUGUGAUACAUCCCCAUUCUCUCACUCCACUGGCGAGGCUCGAAAGUGAGUCCUAUCCACGUGGCUGGCUUGGGGUUCCCUUUUCAUUGCCGUCAUUAUCGUGGUGGCUUUCAUUUUCCCAUCAGGCUUCGCUCAUCAUUUGUUUGUUCAUCUUGUCUUUUCUCUCUGAGGUUAGUGACAACGGUGCUGUGAAGGAACGCAGGGUCUGAGCCGAUGGGUAGAAGCAUGAACUUUCAGACACACCCUCUCCCACUUGCACUGGGUAACAGCUGUCUCUUGCUCCAUCGAGGUCCUUUCCCCCUUUCCUUUUCAUUCUUGAAUGGACUGGUGGCAUUUGGGUGGCAGUACGUUUGCACACCCAGGCAGCGCGCUAAAGAACUGGGGCUGUGGCUGGAGCACAGCUUUCUAUCAAGCUUCUGUCGAAAUCCAGUUUAAAACAAGAAGUCAUUUUUCUCUUCCCUGCCCGAGCCUUUCAAAUUCUGUCUCGUUGUGUCAAUGACUAUAUGUUUACCCUUCUGCAGGAAGACCCCCAAACGGGAGAUAGGGGACAAAAAUAGGAAUGGGAUAUGAUGACAUAGGGCAGCUAGGGGAACAGAAGGGCUGUAUGCCUUCUAGAACAUCUUUGGCUUCAUAUCUGAGGCAGGAGAGAUGCGAUGUCCACCUAGUGAGAUCUUUAAGGGAAAAGAUUAUAUGUAAAAUGUCAGUGCUUCUGAGAAAUGUCAGCUUUACCACACCCUCACUUCCUAAUGCACCAGACUAAGAGCUCUGACUGUGUCUCUUGAUUUAAUGCAAAAACUUAGAGUUUUAUAAGAAAAUGAGGGCCUCCUUCCACCUCUCCUGGACUCUCUGGUCACAUUUGAAAGUAUUUUCACAAGACAGGAACUGGAAUUCCUCAUCUCUCCCACAUUCCUGCUUGUUUUUAAACCUCUUGAAGCUCUUUUUCCAGGCUGUGGGCUAUUUCUUGCCCCAGUAGGAGGAACCUAAGCUGCCGUAACCCCAUGGAGCCUGGGUUUAUAGAGAGAUUGGCGUGCCCUACAGACCUUUUCCCAACAAAUUUUGAAAGAACCUGGCUUUAAAACACAAACACACACGCACACACUUACACACGUGCGCGCACACACACACACAAAUAACCACACAUAUGAAAUCACCAAAAGACUGCCCACAGACCUUUAGGCUUUCUGCAUUGACAUAAAUACAUUUUUUAAGGGAAAAGAAGAAAUUAAAAAACACCUGUUUAAUUUUAAACACAUUUUUUAAGAAAAAAUAGCUGAAAAAGAAACAGUGUUCAUGUCAUAAGCUAUGUUGACAGUUGCCAGUGGAAAUGUUGGGUUGGUUUAAAAAAAAAAAUAAAAGCUAUACUUAUAUCUCUCUAAAGACAGCUUGCUUCUCCCCAUGUUGCCUCAGGAAAAGGUCUAGGGGGUCACCUUGGGUUCCUUCUGGAGCUGAAGGGGUUGAGGUGAAAGUGUCUUCUCCUGUUUGUGUCUCCUAUUUGUGUCCGUCAGGUCCUCAGAUGCCAAUGUGCCAGACCCAGGAUUUUUAAAGCAAAAAAUGCUUCAGGACAAUGCGACCUGUCAAAGUCUGGACUUUAAGACGCUGGAGGACGUAAGAGGUGGAGCUGUGAUGAUUAAAGGGGAAAGAGCGUUUUGUAUGAGAAAACCCUGGUAGGGCAAGAUUCCAGCUGGACAAACAGCGCCCUGUAUUAGUUACCAAUAGGCACAUUCAGUCAUUCAUUUAUUCAUGACUCUUUCAGCAAAUGUAUUUUGAGCACCCUGUGUGCCCUGAGCUACAUUUUGGUGCUACUGUGAAGAGUAAGAUAGAGUUCCUGACCUCAAGAAACUCACAGUCCAGAGAGGCCGGUAGAACUCCUUUUAACCAAGACUCUUUUGGUUACAAGAAGAAGAAACCCAUUAAGCUAGUUCAAGAAAUGAAGGGGGCGGGGGCGAUACUGCGGAACCCAAGGCAGGAGCACGGCAGGCCACAGGGGCCUGAAAGCCCUCAGGAAGCAAGGCCACGUUCCACCUCCCCGAAACCGCACGGUGUCCCCCGUCUUUCCUCCUUCUGCCUGUCAGGCCUGUCCACGUCCUCCCCCUCCCAACGUGCUCUUGCUUUGUUUGUCUUGCACGUGGCCGGCACUGCCACCAGCCCUGACACUCUGCCAUGACCUCACAGCUCUGUUCCCCACAACGAACUAGAGCGUCCUUUUUAAAUCUGAAUGCGGGUUCAGUGGAGAAAAUGUGGCCAAUUUUCCAUCCCCAAAGGGCCAGUCCCCAAAGGCAGAACCCUUGUAGAAGGCCGUGUCAAAGGGGUUGGGGUGCCGCGGCCUGAUUACUUUGUGUCCUGUGUCCACUCCUGGUCCGAACAACUCAGGUAAGGAGAGGAGGGUGGCGACCACGUUGUAUGUACUGUCACCCUUUCCGAAAGCUAAGUGACGGGAAGAAACCUAUGAAGCACAUGAGCCAUCAAGGUGUGAAGAAAAAUUACAGUUCUGUGCCAUGAGCGGUCAAGGAAUGGCAUAGACAGGGCAUCACAGGGACAUGACAGAAAGAAACACUGACUCAGCCUGCAAGAACUGAAGAAGGCUUCACAGAGAAUGGAACAGUUAGGCAGGAUCUUGAAGGGAGAAUAAGUAGUGAUUUAACUUGUUGAGGGGGCUUGGUGGUGAAGAACAUUCGAGAAGAAACGGCAUGCUCGAAGGCACAGGGGUGAAUCAGGGGCUGGUGGGGUCAUGGGUUAACAAGAGUCGUCACGGCUAGAGGAUAGCGUCCCAAAGGACACAAAACAACACCAAAAAAGCAGUCCGGGAGAAGGACUUGGCUGGAAGACUCAAUUUUUUGCCAGCCACAAAGUUGAUCAUGAAAAACGCCCUUCAGCCGAUGAAACGGUAGACGCAGAAUCAAGAAAUCAAUUCCUCCCCAUCUUUCCCCUUUUGUGGGUCAUUUCUGGGUUAUCCAGAUGUUAGGCUUUGUCAAGAGAGAAGCUGGGAUGAACCACAGAGAAUGAGGAAGAGGAAUCUGAGGACCUGGUACUAGUCGAGAUGCCACCCCUGACUCGUUCUGUGGACUUGAGCCAGGCCACCUCCUCUCAGCUUCCUGAACUACAAAUAAGGUUUUAAUAGAUGGCCUCUGAAGCCCAUUACUUCUACCUUUAACACUGAGAUUCUAGAAUAUAUAUACAAGAGCAGGGUGUGUGUGUGUGUGUGUGUGAUCAAACUGCCCGUCAACCUCAUCAGACAGAGCACAGCAGAUGUCCAUUUGCAAUCCAUUGGCUCCACGGCCUGUCUAUUGGUGUGAAAAAGACACGGCCAGCCGUGGUGCACAUGUCAUGUUCAGCAUUUUUUUCCUGGCAUAGCUGCAGCAUUCCCAUCCCCUUGAUUCAUUUAUUACUUAGAGCAAUGUUAGCUGCUAUAAUAAAGAAACCCCAGUAUGUCAGGGCUGAGCAAAACGAAAAGUGCAUUUCUCACUCACGUAAUAAUCCAGUGAGAAUGGUCCCAGUCAGCAGGUGGCUUUCUUCUACACGAGGCAGCAGGCUUGUCAGUGUUUUAAAACAAACAUUGUGUGUAAAAUUCUGGAUUUGGGCUUCUCUGGCCACACUGCGUGGGCUUUCCCUCAUGGCAACACUCCAAUGGAGCUGAUCAGUGGUCACCCCAUGUAGACAGGCUUUAUGUUCUCGAUUCACCAGAGUCCCUACCCAGCCUGCCACUUUCAUUCACAGGACCUCCUGGUCCCUGGAGCCAUUUAUGCAUGUGACACCUGCUAUGGGGUCAAGGUCUGGGUUUUGCAUUUUGGCCUUCCACGUGUUUGGUGCUAACCUCCAGUAUUCUGUGAGGUUUGAAUCCCAGUUAUACCACUUUUACCUUUCGUGGGAUUUUUAAACAAGUACUUUAACCUCCCUUAGCCUCAGUUUCUCCAAUCCAGACAUACGGCUGUUGCAAAGGUUAAAUGAACGAUUUUUCAAAGCAGUUAUCAUAGUGCCCUAUACCUAGCAUGUACUCUGGAAAUAUUCCUUUCAUCUCACAUUAAUGGUUUGUGGUAAAAUCCCUUACAGCUGGUGCUAUCAGGGUCUGACAUGUUCCAGGGGACUGUCAGUGUUCGGGGUGGGGUGGUGGUGAUGGAUGGCCUCAGGCCACUUCAUCCAACAUACCGUCCCUCUAUAUGUUGGUCCAGGCAGGCUCCACGGAAGUGGAGAGAAGCUCUCCAUGGUCUUGCUUCUGUAGCAGGAGCAGGUCUCUAGCUCCUCAGACUGCAUGGGGCACAGAGGUUAAGAUUUAGAGGGAUGGCCAAGGGGCACCAAGACCCCCAGGUCAAGCAAGCCCCUUGGAACAUUGGAGAAGUGGGGCAGAUACGUCUGGCAUCAAAGAAAGAGUGACAAAGAAAGGGACAACAGCCCAUAUAGAGUCUUUCAUGCUAAUAGUAAAGUGGGUCACGGUGGUCAGAAAUACCUGAGGGCUUGCAGAAGGAGGUGAAGCCUUGGGAGAAGCCACGUAGUCUGGCCAAGGUUAUCCUGCAAGUGAGUGGCAGAGCAGGACUUAACUACAUAGGUCCACCAGAUUUCAAAGUCACUGCUUAUUAACUGAAUAUGCACCUGUUGGGUGUGUAAGACCAGCACUGUUUACUUUCAUAGUGUUGAAGAAGAAAGUUAGGAGCAUAAAUAGGAUGACUUGUCUUGGUUUCUCCAGGACUUUCCUGGGUUUAGUACUGGAAUUCACAUAUUUUAGGAAACCCCUCAGUCCUGGGAAACAGGGAUGGUUGGUUACCAAAAAAUAUUACAACUGUCUUACAGAGUAAGACUUAGUACAGAAUUGCUACUACUAGUAAAUGGUAGUCGCUGCACACACACCUUCUACUAUGUCAUGCUGUCAUCUUUUCCCAAACAUUCCAUGUCCCAUUACUCUCAGCUAGCACUUCAGCUGGAUGAAGUGGUGUGAAUACCUGGUGUGAAAACUCAAAACUUCAUCCCACAGAAUUUGAAUCCUUGGUGUAUUGCUCCAGUUUUUCAUUGAUCAGUACCCUCAGGAAAUGGAGUAUGAAAAGGCACCCCCAAUGAAUCCCGAGGUUCCAAACAUAGUCCUUCUUACUCUCCUUGUGUAGCAGCCCAGUUCCCCCCUAAGUAACUGGGAUAAUCACCCCACCCAGCUCAGUGAUCUCUUCUGCCUGUUAGCGUCUUGGCAUAAAUAAUCCGAAAUGGCUAGAGAGUAUGUUCAGCUUCUAAAUCAUCAGAACCAUAACUGUGUUCCCUGGUGGAGGCAUUUCUCCGUUAGGCAUUACGACCUCCAGACCUACUGAGCCCAAGGUUGUAGGGGCAAAAAGUAAAAUUCUUCAAGAAGAUUAUUAGGCAUAAUGAUGAGAGGGGUCACCCCACCUCUACUCCUUGAUCCUCAGACCUAUGCAUCCUGUCUAGAAGAAGUCAGCACUGUAUACUGGCCCCCAAUUUAAAGCAUACGCUGCAUUCGGUGGGAUAGCAUCCCAACCUCACAAGGUAUUAUCUCCUAACUGGUGCUACAAUUGAGCCUGCAAGAGGUCAUUCCAAUAUUAUGUCAAGACAGCCACAUUUGAGUGAUAAGAAAUGUGCUAAGACCAGUGCCUCUGAUGAAAGGCUGUGUUAAAAAGAUAUCAUGGCAAUAGAUAAGGCACUCUGAGUCCGUGAAAGAUGUUAGCAGAAACACUAUGGCCAAAUCCCUUAAGCUUGUUUUCUAUGUCUGUGAGUCUAUUUCUGUUUUGUAAAUAAGUUCAUUUGUAUCAUUUUUUAAGAUUCCACAUAUAAGUGAUAGCGUAUGAUAUUUGUCUUUGUCUGACUUACUGCACUUAGUAGGAUAAUCUCUAGGUCCAUCCACGUUGCUGCAAAUGGCAUUAUUUCAUUCUUUUUUAUGGCUGAGUAAUAUUCCAUUGUGUAUACAUACCACAUCAUCUCUACCCAUUCAUCUGUCAAUGGAUACUUAGGUUGCUUCCAUGUCUUGGCUAUUGUAAAUAGUGCUGCUAUGAACAUAGGGGUUCGUGUGUCUUUUCAAAUUAUAGUUUUGUCCAGACAUAUGCCCAGGAGUGGGAUCGCUGGAUCAUACGAUAACUCUAUCUUCAGUUUUUUAAGGAACCGCCAUACUGUUCUCCAUAGUGGCUGCACCAAUUUAAUUCCCACUAACAGGGUAGGAGGGUUCCCUUUUCUCCACACCCUCUCCAGCAUUUAUUAUUCAUAGACUUUUUGAUGAUGGCCAUUCUGAUCAAUGUGAGGUAAUACCUCAUUGUAAUUUUAAAAUAUCAAACAAGCAAAAUCUUUUCACCAACUCAAGGAUUUUCAUUGACCACUCCCCAGUGACAAAUUAAGAAAAGAUGCUAAAAUAGUGACUGCAAUUUUCACUGUAUUCCUCCUGAAAGCUCGGGGCAUAGCUAGGGUAUGAUCAGGGUGGUUUAGGAGAAUUCAGGAGGAAGCACCAAGAGUCAGACUGGGUGAGCCAAGUUUAGGACAAGACAUAAUUAGCUAUACAAGGAAGACAGGUGAGGACACACAUCCCGGGCAGUUUGGCAACGCUGUAUGGAGAAGUGAUGGAGAGAAGACGGUGGCUUAUUUGUGGAGACCUGGGUUCAAGUUCUGCUGUCAUAUCACCAGCAGAGUGACCCUGGCUAUGUCAUCUAAGGUGCUGAAGUCUCAUGUUUUUCAGUCCAUUACAUAAUUAAGGUACUUUUACCUCCUCUAGAGUUUGGGGGAUUAAAAUAUAUAACUGAUAUAAUUUAUGCAUCUCACUGCCUAGUAGAUUUCUCAUUAUUUAUGUUAUUAUUGAUAUCAUUGCCCCAGGAGAAGGCAUGAGAAGUGAAGGCACUGAACAGUGUGGGGCACGGAGUGGUGUAAUGUACACGAUUGAAGAGUGGACUGAAUGUGAAAGCAGCAGGACUUAACUGGACGUACACCAGUGUGUCGUGCCAGCAUCACAACAAUGAGAUGUGCACAAUUUUCAGGAGAGUGUGUGUGGGAGGAGUGGUUGAAGAUCACAACCAGAUCAAGAAAUUUAGCUUUGUGGGCUAAACUAAGGCAACUAUAUUCAUCUCCAAAUCUAUUGUAUUAGUCUGCUCAGGCUGCCAUAACAAAAUAACACAGACUGGGUGGCUUAAACAACAGAAAUUUAUUUUCUCACAGUUCUGGAAGUUAGAAGUCCAUGAUCAAGGUGCUGACAGGGUUGGUUUCUGGGGCGGUGUCUCUUCCUGACUUGCAGAUGGCCACCUUCUCACUGUGUCUUCAAAUGACCUUUUCUCUGGGCACAGAGAGAGAUCUCCGGUAUCUCUUCCUCUU